AAUAUAAAAAGUCUACACGCACAAAGCACAAUAAGAACGGAUUGAAGAUGAUUGUGUCGCGCUUGACAUUUCCACUCCAGGCUGCAAAGCUGGUUGCCCGCAAAGCUGCAGGCAAUCCCAGCAACAGCAUCAUCCAGCGUCGCCACAUGUCGGGUGUGUAUUUCCGCAGUGGGGCCCUCAGGCCAAAGCCCGACGAGAUGCCCUUCGGCCUCUUCGCCAUCUUUUGUGCCGUUAUACCGGGACUCUUCAUUGGCGCCACCAUAAGCAAGAAUGUGGCGAACUUUUUGGAGGAGAACGAUCUGUUUGUGCCCUCCGAUGACGACGACGAUGAGGACUAAUCAAACCACCGACUGACGAAUUCUGACGGGAGUCUGCCCUAGUCGUGAUGAACAACUAUAACCAAUGGUGGUUCUUCCUCCUUUUGCACUAAGCCAAAUGUUUAUUCAUUUAUUAGCUAUUUAUUCAAUGUAAAUCUCCACUCUUAAGAUCCCAAAGCUCUCACAUUUUAUACUCUUGUUUGUAUGUACUUACCACAUCCUGCUUUAAAAUGUUUCAAUGUUCUAUGGAUAAGAUUGAUACGCUGACGACUGUUAGUUCAAUAAAUAAAAAGUUUAUUUGCCUAUCAUAA